UUUGGUCAAACAAUGGAGAAGCAUAGAAUCUGCAAGAUCUGCAACAAGCGCUUUGCUAAUGGGAAAGCCAUGGGAGGUCACAUGAGAUCUCAUCUGGCAAAGCUACCCCUUCCUCCAAAGCAUGAAAACUCAGCCCAAACUGAGUCAGCUCAGACUCUUUCACCAUCUUCAUCCACCUCUCUUAAUUUUCACCAUAGAAACAAUAUGAUGCAGUCUUACAGAUCCAUCAACGGUGCUGAGCUGUCUACCGAGGAGGCUACCUUUCAUGGAGAAAGUGAUUCGGACUCUCACCUCAAAAACACAACUCGCAGAAGAUCCAAACGCCCUCGUAAAAUUGAAACUGAACCAGUGAAGUUUUCUGCUGAAGAAGUUGCUAUGUGGCUUUUAAAGCUCUCUAAAGAUAAGUGGACAAAAGGAAAAGAAAAAGUUAAACAAAAAGUUGAAACUGAUAAAGAAGAAGAUGAUGCUGAGGAAGAGGAGAAGGAGGAUUAUUCAAUAUCCAAGAUUCGCAAGAAAAGUCACUCUCAGACUAAGUUCAGGUGUGAGACUUGUAGGAAAGUUUUUCCAUCUUAUCAAGCUCUUGGCGGACACAGAGCUAGUCACAAGAAAAUUCGGAACAAUGAUGAGGAUGAUCUUGAAGACGAUAAUGACAAUUUUGUGGUUGAUGAGAAAGUUUUUGAAUGCCCAUUCUGUUUCAAAGUGUUUGAUUCUGGUCAAGCAUUGGGUGGGCAUAAGAAGGUGCACUUCUCCAACUUAGGCAAUGGCAAUGCUAAUGCUAGAAGUUCUGCUAGAAACAAGUUGAUAGAUCUUAAUUUACCGGCUCCUGUAGAUGAGCAUGAAGUUAUCUCAAUUGUGUCCAAUGCAGCAUAAGUAAUAGUUUAAAGUUCAUGAAGCAAGUUAGAGGUAUAAUUUCAUGCUUUUUUAUUUCCUUUAGUUUGUACAUACAUAUAUAUAUGUGAUCUGAAACUCUUUAGAUCAUUUUGACAGU